AUGCAUGAAAUUAUUCAUUUGUCGUUGGGCCCGCAGGCCAACCAUGUAAAUGGUCAGUUUUACGACUUGCAAUCGAAUUAUUUUGUGUAUACAGAUGAGGAAGCUGCCAACUCUUUGGUGGAUCCGAGCGUGAGGUUUGUAGCCGGCAAAGAGUACACGCCACGGGCAGGGUUCUGGGAUUUCCGGGGAGGUUUUGGCAAGCGGUUGCGAUACAAUUCCAAUUACGAGCCCCACCAGACUGCAGAGGAGCUGGGCGAGCAGGUCGAAAGGCUCCAAGUGCUUGACGAUGUCAAGAUCCAGCACGCAGACUUGUACUGGGCGGCAAACCUUAAAUUUCCUCUGCACCCGAAGCAACAGUUUGAGCUGUUGGAUUGGGAAUUCGAUCCCAUCGAAGCUCCAUACGGCAAACCCCGGGGUUCCCCACAGAAUGAAAGUGCUAAUAGCUUUAUGACAUUUGCCCAGGGCCAAGAUCAGUACAAUGUGGUUGAUACUGAGUUUCACCACGAGUAUCUCGACAGCACAGUCCGCCGUUUAUUUGAACAAUGCGAUAACUUGUCUGGAAUCAACAUUCUCACAGACUUUACAGGGUGGGGAGGAUUCACUGUGGGGCUUUUAGAGCCGCUUCGAGAUGACUUUUCUCAAAAAGUCCCGGUAUUCUCAUGGGCAUCUGGAGCGUGGUCUUUGAAAACCCAAUUCAGGGCUAUUAUUGACUCCUACCUAGAAACAGUACUUGGUCUUACUGAGUUUAGUGACUUGGUUAUUCCAUUAAAACUGGAUCGAGGGUCUUCAUUCGCAGAAAACGCUGAAAAGAUCAACCUGCUGUUCGAAACCGUGGGCGUCGUUUCGUCUCUGCGGAAAAACCGAGUAUCCAUGGCUACAGUCGUCCAAGACCUCACAAUUGGAUCAAAUGCAAACAUAGUCACCGGCACUACUAAUUAUCAAGACCUUGUCCCUACCGAUCUAAGCGGCGAAAAGGUAGAAUCCAAGACCGGGUUUCUGCGGCCAUCAACGACAUUGUCACCUAGUCAACAAACAAGCCUUUGGGACCAGAACCUCAAUCCUCAAAGGCUCGUCGAAAAUGGUACUUAUGCGCACCGUAUACACAAACAUUAUGUUCCACAAAGUCGAUCGGCACCCGACAGUUAUUUGUACGCCGAGCUGAGUCUGAACGACGGCAUCAAAAAGCUGCAAAAUUUGGUGGGAUUCAACCAUGAUCUCAAAGUUCGUGUUUUAGACCUCGUCGAGAACUACAGAUGGGGCUAUGAGUCUGAUAGUGAUGAAAUAGAAUAA